AUGGCUCAAGAUCUGGAGGAAACUGCCUCAUCCUCAGAGGAGGAGGAGGAAGAAGGAGAAGACGAUGCUGAAGAUGAGGAUCAUCCGUGCAUCAAGUGGACUGGUGGUGGCUGUAGGCGGAUUCCUGUCUUGGUGUUUUAUGCUGAAGCCAUUCUGACCAACGACAGCUACCUCCGCCUAAUUGGAGAGCGCUACCACUUGUCCUAUAAGAUUGUGCGAACAGACAGCCGUCUGGUCCGAAGCAUUCUGGCUGCCCAUGGAUUCCAUGAGGUGCACCCUAAUAGCAGUGAUUAUAACCUCAUGUGGACAGGAUCACACUUGAAGCCCUACUUGCUGCGUUCCCUUACAGAUAUUCAGAAAGUCAAUCAUUUCCCUAGGUCAUAUGAACUGACACGAAAGGACAGACUAUACAAGAAUGUCAGUCGUAUGCAGCUGGCUCAUGGAUUCAAGACAUUCCAUAUCUUACCUCAGACGUUUAUCCUUCCAACAGAGUACCAGGACUUCUGCAAUACCUAUUCUAAGGACAGAGGCCCAUGGAUAGUGAAACCUGUAGCCUCUUCCAGGGGUCGAGGUGUCUACCUGAUAAACAAUCCAAACCAGAUUGUCCUGGAAGACAACAUCCUGGUUUCUCGUUAUAUCAGCAACCCCCUGCUCAUAGAUGAUUUCAAAUUCGAUGUACGCCUCUAUGUUCUGGUUACGUCCUAUGAUCCACUUGUCAUCUAUCUCUACGAGGAAGGAUUGGCCAG